AUGGCGCCUUCUCAGCAAUGUGUGCCUUCAGCCGACAAUGCAUUCGGGCCACGAGUCCAUGGCUGUCGCGAGGACUUCGAUUUCACCUUGCUGUUUGAGCAGUCGAUUUUAUCAAUUCUGCCGUCUCUUUUGGUAUUUCUCGGCUUCGGAGCGACACAGAUAGCCCUCAUCAUUCAGUAUGCCGUUUCGGACAGGGCUUUUACCAAAAUUUCCAUUGCAGCAUCCGUAAUCUCUCUUGUGACCCUGCUGCCCUCAGCCAUACUAUCUUACCUGGAUCACCACCGCUCAAUACGUCCUUCGACUCUGCUCUGUUCCUACCUUGCACUCGCCACAUUGUUUGACGUCUCUCAGGCGCGAACCCUGUGGUUGCGCCAUGACGGAUCACCUCUGCCGGCAACUUUUACCGCAGCAGUUGCCUUUAGGUUCUGCAUGUUGCUGCUUGAGUCGGUAGAGAAACGGUCGCUCCUCAAAGAGGUCUACCGAAGCUACUCCCCAGAAGCCCUUGGUAGCAUCUUUAACCGCAGCGUGUUCUGGUGGCUGAAUAAACUCCUCCUCCGCGGAUCGGGUUCCAUACUUCGUCAGGAGGAUUUGAUGCCGCUUGAUCCACAGUUGCUGCCAAGUUCAGCCAACCCUUCGGAUUUUGGAUCUGCUUGGGCAAAGAGAAACAAAAACACUAGCCAUGCCUUGUUUAAAACUACCAUUGCCUUCUUCUUGAAGCAGUUUCUGCCAAUUUUCUUGCCCAGGAUCUUCCUCAUUGGCUUCAAUAUUGCCCAACCUCUUCUCAUCUACCGAGCAGUGUCACUUUUGGCGGAGAACCAAAGUCAAGACAGACAAAACGCCGGUCAUGGCAUGAUUGGCGCGACAGUAUUGGUGUACCUUGGCAUCGCAUUAAGCACCGGGCUCUACAAACGUCAAACCUACCGAUGCAUGACCAUGAUACGGUCUGCGCUUGUGAGCUUGAUCUACGAAACAACUCUCGAAGUGCGCCUAACUGUAGCCACCGACAAGGCCGCCAUCACACUUAUGAGUACGGACAUUGAUCAGAUUGCCUCUGGACUGGAGAAUCUCGACGUUGUAUGGGCGUCUCCGAUUGAGAUCGCUCUAGCCAUAUAUAUCCUUGUGGAGGAAAUCAGCCUGGCUGCCCUCGCGCCCGUUGUUGUGGUUAUUGCAUGCACUGCUUCUGCCUUUGGAUUAUCCAUAUUCGCACCAAAGUAUCAAAUAGCCUGGGUGGGUGCCAUUCAAGCUCGAGUCGCUACCACUGCAUCCAUGCUCGGCAACAUGAAGGGAAUCCGGAUGUCUGGCCUAACUAGCAACUACACGUCCACCAUUCACAACGCCCGUGUGACAGAGCUUCACAAAUCACUGCCAUUUAGAAGGAUUCUGGUGGCUGCCAACGUGUUUGGCACAAUAUCUCGCUCCAUUGCCCCUGUUGGCGCGUUCGUGAUGUACUCUUUGCUCCGACAUACGCGGUUCGGAAACACCGUUGACCCGGCUACUGUGUUCUCCUCCCUGGCUCUUCUCACGCUUGUAGCGCAGCCACUCAUGCAACUGAUGUUCGUUCUUCCCAUGAUACUUGGUUCGCUAGGCUGCUUCGCUCGCAUCGAGAGGUAUCUGUUGUCGCACGGCCAACCGAGAAAAGCAGAGCCAGCGUCCUUGGAACACAGCGCGGAUAGCAAAUCGGGAUUUCAAAGCGUGGAGCUUGAUGACCUAUCUUCAUUAAAACAUCUCAUCUCAAUACGAGAUGGCACUUUCAGCUUCGAUGACGAGGGUGAUGCUGUUCUGCGUGAUCUUUCGGCUUCGGUGCCUCGAGCAAGCCAGAUCAUGGUCACCGGGCCAGUAGGAUGUGGUAAGAGUGCACUUCUUCUGGCAAUGCUCGGUGAAAUGACAUUGGUACAUGGGUCAAUGGAUCGACACCCACACUUGAGAUCUAGCUAUUGCGCCCAAGAGACCUGGCUGCCCAACAUGUCUAUCCGGAAGAUCAUCCUCGGCCCUUCAGAGUUCAACGCUGGCUGGUAUAAAGAAGUAAUCCAUGCUUGCGCUCUUGAGCCAGAUUUGGCUGGCUUUGCGGAAGGAGAUGAGGCUGCUGUUGGCGCCGGCGGAAUCAUGCUGAGCGGCGGCCAGAAGCAGCGCGUCGGCCUUGCCAGGGCCCUCUACGCAAGGCCACAGUUGAUUCUUCUAGACGACAUCACGAGCGGUCUCGAUGCGACCACGGAGCUGGCCGUUGUUCAACGCGUUUUGGGAGCUGAUGGCCUCUGCCGUGCGUACAAUAUGUCUGUUUUGCUCUCCACCCACAAGAGUAUGUGCCAAACGGAGCCCUCGCACUUUAUGCAUCUGAUGGAUCGGAUUUGGUCUCUAAACCAGGAUGGCAGCCUUUCCGAGAUUGCUGACCCUCCGGCCCAGAUGGAAAACGGCGCUGAGAGCCUAAAUUCCACGCAUCCAGCAACGCGAGAAGACGGCGAGGGAGCUGAGGCGUCAGCAUCAGUCUCGGCUAAGCCUACGCCGCAGGAUGAUAAUGACAGUGCGCGACAGCAGGGAGAUCUGAGUCUAUAUCUCUAUUACCUCAAAGCCAUGGGCUGGAAGCUUGCUACAUCAGUUCUGGUCUCUGCCAUCGGCUUCGCGUUCAUGGCCACAUUUCCCAGUGUGUGGCUGUCAUGGUGGUCUGACUCUGAAUUAAAGCACCCAGGCGCGCACCAGGCUAAAUAUCUCGGUGUUUAUGCAGCACUGGGCGUUGCCGCCGUUCUUUUUCACACAUUGCUCUUAUGGACAAGUCUGAUUGAAGCGGUACCUGUAACAUCGAUCAAGUUGCAUAAAUUGCUACUGGAUAAAGUCAUGUCAGCUCCUCUUUCAUUCUUCGUUACCACAGAUACCGGUGUCACGGUGAAUCGCUUUAGCCAAGACAUGUCCUUGCUCGACUCCAGACUGCCUGCAGCAAUGGUGCAAACUCUUGAUGGAGUAUUUCUAACGAUUGCAACGAUCAUUGUCAUCGGGGUAACGUCCAAAUAUACGGCGAUAUCCUUCCCCAUACUCUUGGCCGUUCUGUACAUUCUGCAGAAGUUUUACCUCCGGACAUCCAGACAGAUGAGGCUCCUUGAUCUGGAGUCCAAGUCUGCGCUUUACACAAAUUUCUUGGAGACGUUGCAGGGCAUUGCCACCGUCCGAGCUUUCGGCUGGCAGGAUUAUUUCCGAGACCUGAAUCGCGGAUUCCUCUCAGAAGCUCAGAAGCCGUAUUACCUUAUGUUUAGUAUUCAAGUAUGGCUAAAUGUGAUGUUGAACCUGAUUGUCGCCAUCACAAUGAUACUUACUAUGUCACUUGCUAUGGAGCUACAGAGCGCAUUCUCUGCUGGCACGCUUGGAUUGGCCCUGACGAACAUCUCAACCAUCAGCCAAACUCUGUCUUACGUCAUUCAAUCGUGGACAGAGAUGGAAACCUCUGUUGGAGCGUUGAUGAGACUGAAGAGCUUCCUCAACGACACUCCAUCGGAGCAUCUCCCGGGGGAGGAUAAUGUUCCAGAUGGGGAAUGGCCAUCGAAGGGGCAAUUGGCAUUUAAAGGUCUCACCGUGAAGUACAGCGCCGAUGCUACAGCUGUUUUGCGAGAUAUCAAUCUAGAAGUUACGCCCGGAAUGCAAAUCGGUGUUUGCGGUCGCACAGGAAGUGGAAAGAGCUCUUUGAUACUGAGCAUUCUGCGGAUGAACGACAUUGUUGGCGGAUCCAUAACUAUCGACGGGCAGGACUUGAGCUCAAUGCCUCGAGAUACAAUCCGACGAAAUAUUGCCGUCUUGCCGCAAGAUCCAGUGCUCUUAGAAGGCUCUUUGCGGUUCAAUCUAGAUCCUUUCGGCGAGCAUUCCGAUGCAGAGAUCACGUCUGCCCUGACGGACGUUGAUCUGGGGCAUCUUUGCCAGGCUCCUGAGGCCUUGGAUGCAGCGCUAGAAACCGACAAACUCUCGGCCGGACAAAAGCAGCUUUUAUGCAUUGCACGAGCAUUGAUGAGCCGGUCCAAGUUUCUGAUGCUUGAUGAAGCAACUUCCGCCGUCGAUCGAGAGACGGAGGAUAAGAUUGUGAAAUUGGUGCACGAGAAGUUUAGCGGCUGCACUGUAAUUGCCGUUGCCCAUCGCCUGCGUACGCUUCUGGAAUUUGACUGGAUCCUUGUCAUGGAGCAGGGACAAAUCGUUGAACAGGGCAAACCGAGUGACUUGCUCGCGCAGGAAGACGGUCGAUGGAGACAGCUAUGGGACGAUCAACAGUAG